AUGGAAACCCCCGAAGAAAUGGGCGAUAAGAGUUCGAGUUCCUCUACAAGAGCUGAGAAAUGGAGCAUUUAUCAUGUUCCAACUCGAAAAUCAAAAAAUACUACAAAAAGUUAUGUUGUAAGAAGAAGAAUGGUAUUUCAUUUGGAUAUAAUAGAUGUAUUAUGUCCAUUUUACGGAUUUACUCGGAUUUUGGGUUCCAGUGAUUAUUAUAUAGUUAGUCUUGUGUAUCCUUUGAUUAAAUACAUUAAGGAAAAAUACAAAAACACAGCAAAUGAUGUUCAUGAGAUGGAUUUUGAAUCAGCUGAUGUUGUUUUUGAUGUUAUUGUUAUGAAUAUGCCACGUUGGUAA